AUGCACGGUCCAGGGCCUCCAAGCUGGGAAGCCACCUCAUCGAGCCUGUUGUCGGCUCCCAGCAGCAGCUCUGCCGCCAUGCCGCCGCCCGACGUGCCCAUGGCGCCCGUCGCCUCCCCCAUAUGCACAUCUGCCCUGCCCAGCCUGGGUCUCUGGGAGGGCGCCGUGGAGGCCGAGCCGACGCAGAUCAACACUCAGACCAAACCGCACUUUGUCGAGGUGCACAAGGACAAGCUCACCGUCAGCUAUGUCGGCAAGGGCAACCACACCGACUUCGGGGUGAGUGGAGUGGCACACACAGGCAUCGCAUUGGGCGCGAGAUAGACACACGACGUGUUCAUGCUUCUCAUGGGUUUGAUGUGCGUGGGAUGCGAUUGGUCAUGUCAGGCGGUUCAGUCGAACCAUCCCGCCCCUAGUCGCCGCGUGGCGUAUUACUUUGAGGUCAAGGUGCUGGACGCCGGCACCCGGGGCAACAUCUGUGUGGGACUCAGCGACAAGACCACACUCCUCAACAGACAACCAGGACAAGAUCAAAAGUGACCACACACGCACACGACCAACACACAAUAAGUGCAUCUCUCUCUCUCUCUCUGUAUGUGUGUAUGUGUGUGUGUGUGUGUUUGUGUGUGUGUGCAGUUCCUAUGGUUAUCAGGGUGAGACCGGCAAGAAGUUCUGCGGCAACGGUCAGAAGGGCGAGGCCUACGGCCCCCCCUACGGCAAGAACGACACCGUCGGCUGCGGCAUACACUACACCAAGGGUCACGUUUUCUUCACUCUCAACGGCAAACACCUCGGUCAGUGCCAUGCCACACACAGACGAACCACCUCACCUCCCGGACAGCCAGCCAGCUCAUGCAUUCUGCGUGCCGUCCUGCCCUGUGUGUUUUGCAGGUCGGGCUAGCGGGCUGGGCCCGUCUGAGUACUACCCCACUGUUGGUCUGCACAGUCCGGGUGAGAAGGUGCAGUUCAACUUCACCGGGCCCUUCAUGUUCGACCUUCAGACACUCAUACAAGUGGGCGAUACACACACGAAUGGGUCCGCAUUGGCUGGCUGACGGGUUUUUGUGUGUUUCUGUGUGUGUCAGGGUGAGUGUCAGGAGGAGCGCAGGAUCAUAUCGCGCGAGCAGGUGUCCACCAGAAUGCUCCACGACCUUGUCCGGUCAUACCUCCUGCACGCCGGCUUCCACAAGACGCUACGCGCAUUCGAACGAACCAGCAGUGAGCAGGGCACCGACACAAGCAGACACAACGCUUAGUUACGAGCCGUGCACUCUUGCACUCUCAUCGCAGGUUCAGCCGACACCGACGUGACGAUGCAGGACGCCCCCUCCCCCUCCCCCUUCCCGCCCUCCGGCCCCUCCCUGCUCGCCAACGGCCCCUCCAAGCAGAUCGACACUGACACAGGCAUGCACGACGACACUCCCAGAGACAGGCGAAGACAGCCGGAUGACGCACACCAGCCAUCUGCAGCACCGGCAGCAGCAGCACCGGCGGCGGCAGCCGGCGCAGGCAGCAGCAGCCGUGCGUGUUCGAUUGAUGAGGACGAGCAGAGGGCGGUGGGUGUGGGUGACGGUGAGGGUGGCGUUGGCGCCAGGACGCUGUCGGGUCUGGCGGUGGCGGAGCAUGCGCUGAGGAAACUCAGGCAGACAGUCGUCGUCAGGCAAAGUAAGCUGACUGCCUGACGCACGACACCUCAUGUGACAUAAGGUGAGCUUGGGAUGGCUUGUCUGGUGAUUGCUCUUCCAGGCAUCCGGCGUGCCAUCUGUUCUGGGCGGAUACCUGAGGCGAUUGAGAUCAUCAACCAGCACUUCCCCAGGGUCCUCACGGUAGUCGUCACUGCAGUCACACGAGCACAAGGCUGACUGGCCUCUGUGUUGUUGUGCGCUGUGCUGUGUGGUCAGGAGCAGCCCCCCUCCCUUGCUGUCGUGCUGGUCGUCUCCCAACAGGUAGCACAUCCAGACAAAGCCAGACAAUCGCCGCGGUGCCGACUGACUGUCUCUGUCGUCGUGUGGUGUGUGUGUCAUCACCAGAUAGUAGAGUUGAUCCAGCGGAAUGACGUCAAGGGCGCCCUGAGUUGGCUGCGGCAGGAGUGCAGGGCCGUCAGGGACGGCACCGCACACGCCAAAACCGCACUCGAAGUACUGACGGAUGGAAUGGAUAGAUCAGAAUAUUGAUGCACUUCCGCACGUGUGUUGCAUUCAAUGCAUGUAUGUGUCUGUGUGUGCAGGAGACGGCGGCGUUGAUAGCGUAUCGUGACCCCGAGCGGUCCCCCCUGGCGCACCACUUCGACCCAUCGAGGCGGCAGCUGGCCGCAGACCUCAUCAACCAACACAUCAUCGGUGCGGUACACACAGACAUUCAUGACAUGACACACACGCAGAGAGACCAGCGUGAUCGAGCCAGCCAGCCAGGUGGAAUGUGGAGGGUCCAUCCAUCCGUCCGUCCAUCCGUGCAGAGCGUGAGUUGGGUCUGAGCGGAUGGGCGCCUCUCCACGUGCUUGUGAGACAAGUCGUGGCGGCCAGGUGCAUAGACGCACAUACCAGCACAGUGGCGCUCAGAUCCUUCUGGGCCCCUUCUGUGUCUGUGUCGGUGUCUGCAGGCGUCUGCUGUUCGAGCGCAACUUGUCUCGCGGCCCGUACCCUCAUUCCCGCCACCUGUGCCAGGCUCCCCUGUACCAAAACAACCCACCAACUAUCCCACCCCAGAUGCAGGCAACCGACAACUGAGGGAGGGGGGCGGCGCGGUGUGUUCAGAAGAUGAGGCAUGUAUCCCCGUAGGCUGCAUCUAUCUUGUUCAGUCAGCUGCAUGGAUGGCAUGUAUACAUGGAUGACAGAAUGUUGCGCGUGGGUGUCAUGCGUGAGUGUAUCAUAGACAGGUAGGCGACUUAUUGAUUACUAAUUGGAGGCGAGGGACCGUGUGGAUGCAUUAAUUGCAUGGCC